AAGAGCCUAAGAGGAUAAAGCUAGCUUAGGAGCAGCAGCGAGCUCUGCAGCCGGCGCGCUCGAGCUCGCAGGCGUGCGGGCUAAGGCCAUCAGGCCACGAGGAGCAGCUCCACCGCGCCUCCCCUUCCUCCCCCUCUCUCUUUUUCCUCAAUGACUUCACUGCUUGCUCUUGCACCUUGCUGCCGUGCAGCCUGGCGACCCUCGACAGUGAGCUCCUCCGCCGCCGGCGGCUGCGGACUUUUGCCUCCGUGCUCUGGCCCCACAAAGACUGGAGCGAGACAAAAUCAAUCAUACAAGGCGAGGCGAGCGCCGGGGAGACGCCGGAGCAAGACGAAGCCGGCGGCCAUGGAGACUCAGACUUCGGAGGCGGAGAAGGAGAUGAGGGAGUGGUGCGUCGCGCUCCCCAAGGUGGAGCUCCACGCCCACCUCAACGGCUCCAUCCGCAACUCCACCCUCCUAGAACUAGCAAAAGAACUAGGUGACAAAGGAGUCAUUGUCUUUGAAGAUGUUAAGGGUGUGAUUAUGAAGAAUGACAGAUCUCUCCCAGAGUGUGUUAGGCUCUUUGAUUUGUUUCAUACACUUACGACUGACCAUGAUACAGUAACAAGAAUCGCCAAGGAGGUUGUGGGAGAUUUUGCUGCUGAGAAUGUUGUGUAUUUAGAAAUAAGGACAACACCUAAGAAUAAUGAAGCCAAGGGGAUAACCAAGCGAUCCUACAUGAAUGCUGUUGUAAAAGGUCUCAAGUCUGUUGAAGACGUUGAUGUUGUUAUAAAUGAUGAAAAAUUAAGUUGUACGCCAAUGAGUGUUUUGGGUGGCGACACAAAGAGAAAGAAGAUAUAUGUUAGGCUCCUUCUGAGUAUUGACCGUCAUGAGACAACUUCUGCUGCAUUGGAUACUGUUAAUUUAGCCAUGGAAAUGAAGGACCAGGGUGUAAUUGGCAUUGAUCUCUCUGGCAAUCCAGUUGUAGGGGAAUGGGAGACAUAUCUGCCUGCUCUAGAACAUGCUAAAGAGCUGGGAAUCCCUACCACAAUUCACUGUGGCGAGGUACCAAACAGGAAGGAGAUCCAAGCAAUGCUGGACUUCUGCCCUCAAAGGCUGGGUCAUGUCUGCUGCCUCGACGACGAAGAGUGGAAGAAGCUCAAGUCAUCAGUGAUCCCGGUGGAGAUAUGUUUAACCUCCAAUGUCAUGACCGGAGGCACCCCUUCUCUUGAGCUUCAUCACUUUGCUGACCUCUACAACACGAAACACCCCCUGUCGAUAUGCACCGACGAUUCUGGCCUCUUUUCAACAAGCCUCUCAAAUGAGUAUUACCUCGCCGCGUCUACCUUUGGUCUUAGCAAGACCGAGCUAUUUCGUCUAGCCCAGGGAGCUGUGGAGUUUGUGUUCGCUGACGACGAGGUGAAGAAGUCACUGAGGGCGGUGUUUGAGCGUGCGGCGGCGGAGAGGCUCACGAGUUAGGCCCCAUCGGCACCCUUGCUCUCCAGUGUAUUGGCAUGUGACUAUGUGUUUCCCGAGUAGAUCAGGAGGAGGAGAUGGAUAGAAUAGAAAUCUCAUGUACCAUGUUAAGAAAAAACUCAUGUACGGUGUGUGCCUCCUGCCGGAUCAAAUGAUGCACCGUGAUUUUUUUUUUUAAGAACUGGAAGGAGCGCUGCCUUUUCAUUUAGUAGAGGGAAAUAUGUACAGUGACGCACCGUGAUUCAGUUAUUUGGACGAGAGGGCGGUUCAGUA